ACUUUAUAUUUACAAAAUUAUUCCUUCGCAGAAAAAAUUAAACUAAUUUAUUACGCUUUUAAAAAAUAGAUGAAUAAUUGUGACUUUUUGAGGUAUGGUAACGACACUUUUGACUUUUGAGGAGGAGAAUAGGAAUUAGGAAGGGAAGAUUAAAAGUGGGGAUAACGACACUUCUCAUGCAUGGAGAGUCGCUAAAACCCUCCCCACCCACUCCCCUUUCAUCACUAUCAUUGGCCCUCUCCCUUAAUCACUAAGCUUAUCUAUAUUCCCUUUUCUCUUCUCUAUCUUUCCAUUUCCCUCCUUUUUCACAUAAAAACACAGAUCAUUACAUAUAUAUUUUUAAAUCAAAAUUUUCACUUAGGUUGGACUCUUUAGUCCUUUACUAGUGUUUUCUAGGCUGCCCAAAUAUAUUGUUCAUCUCCAAAAGAAACGUCAAAUUCAUCCCACUCAGGAACUCGGAAUACAUGGGAAACAUCUCUAGAGCCCUGAAAUGGGCCUGAUCCAAUGAUGGAUGCAUAUAAAUCAAGUAAGAAGAUUGCUAGCCCGAACUCCUAAUGAGCCUGCCCAGGCCGAUCCGAGUAUAGAACAAGCCCAACCCACUUCCAAUUACCAAAAUUUCCCCUCCUGUCGUCAGCAAUGACUACGCGCCCCCGGAUGCACGCGUCGUUUCCCGUCUCAAUGCUUAGCGCCCGGGCGGCUUCCUUUCCGCCUCCUCAGCCUCGUUGUUAAAAAGGGAAAAAGAAAAGGGAAAACAUUUUAAAAAUUCGGAAACCAAUCCGCGAAAGAAAAUAGAAAAGAACAUUCAAAGUUUUCAGGUCGGCAGGGGGCUGGCUGGAUUUCCUGGCUUACGCCCCAAGCCAGCUUCUCUUCAAUAUCAAAACUCUUAUAUAUAAACUCCCCUUUCCUUAGCACAGCUCUUCCCACAUCACCUGAUCCUGUAUUCUCCUCGAUUCUCCUUCAAGAAAUCUACGAACGAUAUAUCGCAGCAGUAGUUUCGAUCAAAUUGAACCGAUAAUGUCCGGAGGAACAGAAGCUUUCCCAGAUUUGGGCAGGCACUGCCAACACAAGGAAUGCAAUCAGCUCGACUUCCUGCCUUUCAAAUGCCAGGGCUGCCAACAGGUUUUCUGCUUGGAGCACAGAUCGUACAGGGCCCACGGGUGCCCUAAAGCCGACCACAACAGCCGCAAAGUCGUGGUCUGCGAAAUCUGCUCGACCUCCAUCGAGACUACAGGUCGUGGGGAGUUGGCCGAAAAGGCGUUGCUGGAGAGGCACGAGAAGUCGGGGCAAUGCGACCCCAGGAGGAAGAAGAAACCCACAUGUGGCGUGCGUCGGUGCAAGGAGAUACUGACCUUUUCCAAUACCUGCGUAUGCAAAACCUGCCAGAUGAAGGUUUGCUUGAGCCACAGGUUUCCAGCAGAUCAUCAGUGUAAGAAGGAUUCGGCUCCGGCUCCUGCUGCAGCCGCUGCAAAUGGUGUGAGCAGGUUCCUGCUUGCUUUUGCUUCGAGGAAUUCCAAGGAUUGUGCCAAGAACGAUAACCAACGAUCGUCAUCUUCUUCAAGUUCGAGGGCCCCGUCAAUAAGAUCGCAUUGAGAUAUUCUAGGGAUGGUAUGUGUUGAUACCUGAUUGUUUGUGGUCUUGCUGCUAGCCAGAGGUUUGCUAUGUUUUCUGUACAAAGGCAAACUUUUUACAAACCAAAGGACGAAUGAGAGACCGUAUGUUAAUCAUGAUUCUGUUAAUGCCAUGAUCACCUGCUAGAGUUUCCUAGAUCGCUAUGUACAUUUCGGAAUUGAUAUUUGUUUCGCUACAUGUCAAUCUUCACCCCCUUGUCAGUGGUCAUAUGAUCUACAAUCUCUCUACCGUCUAAAGGAAUCUGGUUAAUACAAGAACAACCUUAAAAAACAACUAAAUAAGGA